AUGGUGCUAGAAGCAGUGAAAGCCCUCAGUCAGCCGAAGGGUGUUUCAGCCGUUGCUAUAAAACGUUACAUUCUCCAACAAUACCCAGAUGUCGAUCCUGUGAGGCUCAAGUACUAUCUUAAGCAGGCCUUGGUGAAAGGGGUAAAUCGAGGGUAUCUGGUCAGGCCUCCCAAAUCUUCCGCACAGGGGGCCUCUGGAAGCUUCAAGCUAGGGAAGGAAAAAGCCGGACAGGGAAAAGGCCAUGAGAAGAAAUUUUCUGAUGAGGAAGCUGAGCUGGAGGUGGCAGUCACAAAGCAGCCCAAAGCCAAGUCUCCUAAGCAGAAAUCGAAGAGCAAAGGUGCUGUGCAGGCGAAAAAGACCUCAAGCAAAAAGCCUUCAGAGGUUCUUGAUGAUGGUGGAGCUGCAGCUCCUGCGGCGGAGCCAGUGGCAAAAGCCUCCAAAAAGGAAGCUGCAAAAGCUACCAAGCAUCAAGGUGCACCAAAGGCCUCCAAGGUGAAACCAACCAGCAGUCCUAAGAAAGCUGCUCUCAAGACCAAGGCUGAGCUGAAAGGCCUUCCAGAGGCCAAGGUCAAACAGAAGUCAUCACGGGAUGAAAAAGCCAAAAGGGGCGCUGAGCCCAAGGGGGCCAUUGCUAGAAGUAGGGCUGCCAGUGAGACCAAGGCAGCCCGUGCCAAGGGGAAGCCUAGGGCUAAGAAGGGAGCUGCCAGUGGGCAGGAGAAAGAAAAGGCAACUGCUGGGCCUGAGGCCUGA